CUCGGAGAUCUCGCGGAGUCCUGCAGUAGCCGUGAGUAGGAAAUCUCGCGGGAUCCGGCGGGAGGACAAGUUGAGGGAAUAUGGCGACGUCUCAUCUUUUAAAGAAUAAAGGUUCCCUUCAAUUUGAGGACAAAUGGGAUUUCAUGAGACCUAUAGUCCUGAAACUCCUACGACAGGAGUCCGUCACAAAACAACAGUGGUUCGACCUCUUCUCGGAUGUGCAUGCAGUUUGCCUAUGGGAUGACAAAGGCCCAGCAAAAAUCCACCAGGCUUUAAAAGAGGACAUUCUAGAGUUUAUAAAGCAAGCUCAAGCAAGAGUACUCAGUCAUCAGGAUGACACUGCUUUACUGAAGGCGUAUAUUGUAGAAUGGCGCAAGUUCUUUACACAGUGCGACAUCUUACCCAAACCCUUCUGUCAGUUAGAAAUCACAUUAAUGGGAAAACAAGGAAGUAACAAGAAAUCAAAUGUGGAAGACAGUAUUGUUAGAAAGCUGAUGCUGGAUACGUGGAAUGAAUCUAUAUUUUCUAAUAUAAAGAAUCGUCUUCAGGAUAGUGCAAUGAAAUUGGUUCACGCGGAACGGUUAGGGGAAGCAUUUGAUUCCCAACUAGUUAUUGGUGUUAGAGAAUCCUAUGUUAAUCUUUGUUCAAAUCCAGAAUACAAACUGCAGAUCUAUCGGGACAAUUUUGAAAAAGCCUAUUUAGAUUCUACAGAGAGGUUUUACCGAACCCAGGCCCCUUCUUACCUCCAACAAAACGGUGUACAGAAUUACAUGAAAUACGCAGAUGCUAAACUAAAAGAAGAAGAGAAGAGAGCCCAACGAUACUUGGAGACAAGGCAAGAAUGUAACUCUGUGCAAGCGCUCAUGGAGUGCUGCGUUAAUGCUCUGGUGACAUCUUUCAAAGAAACCAUUUUAGCUGAGUGCCAAGGAAUGAUCAAACGCAAUGAGACAGAAAAGUUGCACUUAAUGUUUUCUCUCAUGGAUAAAGUUCCGAGUGGAAUUGAGCCAAUGUUAAAGGACCUCGAGGAGCACAUUGUGAGUGCUGGAUUAGCAGACAUGGUGGCAGCUGCAGAAACCAUUACUACUGAUUCUGAGAAGUAUGUAGAGCAAUUACUGACAUUGUUUAAUAGAUUUAGCAAACUAGUAAAAGAAGCCUUUCAAGAUGAUCCAAGGUUUCUUACUGCUCGAGACAAGGCAUACAAGGCUGUGGUGAAUGAUGCAACAAUAUUUAAACUGGAACUACCACUAAAGCAAAAAGGCAUCCUCACUUUACAGCAAGCGUCUAAAGUAUUUGCACGGGUGGGAUUAAAAACACAGCCUGAGUCAAAGUGCCCGGAGUUACUUGCUAAUUACUGUGAUAUGUUGUUAAGAAAAACACCUCUCAGUAAAAAGCUUACUUCCGAAGAAAUUGAAGCAAAGCUGAAGGAAGUGCUGCUGGUGCUCAAAUAUGUUCAGAAUAAAGACGUGUUCAUGAGAUAUCACAAAGCUCACCUCACCAGACGUCUGAUUCUGGACAUCUCUGCAGACAGUGAAAUUGAAGAAAACAUGGUGGAAUGGCUCAGGGAAGUCGGAAUGCCUGCUGACUAUGUAAAUAAACUGGCUCGGAUGUUCCAAGACAUUAAAGUAUCUGAAGAUUUAAAUCAAGCUUUCAAAGAAAUGCAUAAAAAUAAUAAAUUAGCACUUCCAGCUGAUUCUGUGAACAUUAAGAUUUUAAAUGCGGGUGCAUGGUCAAGAAGCUCUGAAAAGGUCUUUGUUUCUCUCCCCACUGAACUGGAAGACCUCAUCCCUGAAGUGGAAGAGUUCUACAAGAAGAAUCACAGUGGAAGAAAACUGCACUGGCAUCAUUUAAUGUCUAAUGGCAUUAUAACCUUUAAGAAUGAAGUUGGACAGUAUGACCUUGAGGUGACAACAUUUCAGCUGGCAGUUUUGUUUGCUUGGAACCAGAGGCCUAAAGAGAAGAUUAGUUUUGAAAAUCUUAAAUUAGCAACGGAAUUACCAGAUGCAGAGCUAAGGAGGACUCUUUGGUCUCUUGUAGCGUUCCCAAAACUGAAGAGGCAAGUUCUGUCAUAUGAACCACAAGUAAAUUCUCCUAAAGAUUUCACAGAGGGCACCUUGUUUUCAGUUAACCAGGAGUUCAGCUUGAUAAAAAAUGCAAAAGUUCAGAAAAGAGGAAAGAUCAAUUUAAUUGGACGCUUGCAACUCACAACCGAGAGAAUGAGGGAAGAAGAAAAUGAAGGCAUUGUACAACUCCGAAUACUGAGGACUCAGGAGGCCAUUAUUCAAAUUAUGAAGAUGAGAAAGAAAAUUACAAAUGCUCAGCUCCAGACUGAACUAGUAGAAAUUUUGAAAAACAUGUUCUUGCCACAGAAAAAAAUGAUCAAAGAACAAAUUGAAUGGCUCAUAGAACACAAGUACAUCCGAAGAGAUGAGUCCGAUAUCAACACUUUCAUCUACAUGGCAUAAUCUAGAGACCUGCCUGACCGGUACGGAUAAGACGAGCGCUCCGAACAGGUCACCGAGAAUAUUUAUGCGUAAAAGCGAACUCACUCCAGACUUGUUUUACUGCAUAAAUAUUACAGUCGCCUGCCUUCUCCUAUGAAAGGACAGAAAUCUGUUGCCAAUGUCAUUCUGCCAGCAUGACAGCAUCUCGUUCACUUUGCUUUUACCAGCAUGCUGUUUUAAUGGAAAUCGUUUUGGAAGAACUUGUGAGCUUGUAAAGUAGAAUUGUCCAAACCAGAGAAUCCCAGAUUUUUUUUUUCUUUUUUUGGUAAAGUAACUACUUUUGCCCCAGGGGAGGGGAUUGUCACAGUUUCAUGCACUGAUGAAUCGCUGUUACUGUUCGACUUUAAGUGGAAAAAAAAAAAAGAAAAUCAAACUACAAAAAGAAAAUACUACCACAGAAAUCGCACUUUCACAUUUAAGUAUUGCAUUAAUUUAACAUAUGCUAUCGUCCCUUCCUGCACAACUUUUGUGAAUCUUUUAUGCAUAUCAUAAUUUGAAGAGGUUUGUAUUAAUUUGUGGACAUGUUGACCCAUAAACAAUGCUUUUGAUA